GCCAAGUCUGCUGCCACGUGCCGGGCAUCGCGCGGUCAGUCAGUGCUGCGUUGGACAGUAAAAAGAGAAGCGGCGCGCGAGCUUACACAGCCGCCACGUUCCGAUCAGAGAUAAAGUGGACCGACUGAACGCAAACAUAGGACGAGAUAAGGAAGGAGAUUUAUCAACGAGUCUGCUUUACGAAGUUCCACUUUCUGCCAGCUGUGCACCACUGCUGUUGAGGCUUUGGUAUGAGCCUAUGCGGCAGGAAAGCGCUGACGUUGCUGAGCAGCGUGUUCGCUGUUUGCGGCCUCGGCCUGUUGGGGAUCGCCGUGAGCACCGACUACUGGCUCUACCUGGAGGAGGGGGUCAUCCUUCCCCUCAAUCAGAGCACGGAGAUGCGCAUGUCCCUUCACUCUGGCCUCUGGAGGGUUUGCUUCCUUGCUGGGGACGAGAAAGGCCGGUGUUUUACAAUUGAGUAUGUGAUGCCUACUAAUGUCCAGAUAACAUCUGAGUCCACUGUUAGUGUACUUAAGAUGAUCCGCUCUGCUACACCCUUUCCUCUGGUCAGCCUCUUCUUCAUGUUCAUUGGUUUUGUACUCAGUAAUAUCGGCCAUAUUCGACCACAUCGCACAAUCCUGGCUUUUGUUUCUGGAAUCUUCUUCAUCCUUUCAGGUCUGUCUCUGGUCGUUGGUCUGGUUUUGUACAUCUCCAACAUUAAUGAUGAAAUGUUGAACAGGACCAAAACUAAUGAAGCUUACUUCAGCUACAAGUACGGCUGGUCGUUUGCAUUUGCUGCUAUCUCCUUCCUGCUGACAGAGACGGCGGGUGUAAUGUCAGUGUACCUGUUCAUGAAGCGUUACACAGCGGAAGAAAUGUACAGACCCCAUCAAGGCUUCUACCGGCCUCGCCUCAGUAACUGCUCAGACUACUCUGGCCAGUUUCUCCAUCCAGAUGCCUGGGCAGGACGUGGCCGUAGUCCCUCCUCUAUCUCCUCCGAGGCCUCCCUACAGAUGAACUCCUCCAACUAUCCUGCUCUCCUUAAAUGUCCAGAGUAUGAGCAAAUGUCCUCCUCCCCCUGCUGAGGCAUGAUACCUACGUGAUGGGUCUACGCUUACACUGAUGGGGGUCGUUUUUAUUCUGCCCACAUUUUGGCAUGUAAUUGUCAAAUAAUUUGAUAUCAUCCAUCUUGAAGUCCUCACUUCAGAUGUGUGCAACAUGACCUGACUUCUCUUUGUCCUCUCAACUGCUAAUUUUUAGUUAUAAUUUUGGGAAAGAAGCAAAACAUGAUUUUUUUUCUGUGUUACAGAUGAAAGAGGAAGGUUGUACUUCUAUAUGAUUCUGCUCUAUUUUUUAAUAACUUGUUGCUAGUAGCUCACCAAAUCUAGACAUUAGAACUGGAUAGGUUAAACGAACAUAGAGGCUUUGCAUCUUACAUAAAAAAUACAAACAUAUAGUUGGAAAGUUUACACAGAGAGCAUUAACCCAUCGGUCUUGUUGCCCACUUUAAGUGUUCACAAAACUUUCUCAGGAAUGUUAUUCCUGAAGGUUUAUUUCAUAAAAGUAUUUAUUAAGCUAUAUCAUGGGAUUCCUAUAUAAACUGCACUGAAAUCUGCACUCUGCUGCUGCAAAUGUUCUGUUCACAUCCUUUUUGAGCAUGUUUACAUUAUGUUUUGAAGCGUUAUUAUAUAUUCUCCCUUUUUAUAAGCAAUUACUUUCACAGGCUUACAUGAUGGUAGUAAAUUAUGAAAAGUGGUGACUGAUGUUGUUAUUUUCUCAUUUCUAAUGUCAGAGUAGUUCACUGUAGAUUAUUAUAUUACACAGACCAUCCAGAACUAGAUAUUUUUAACCUCACUUCAUUUGAACCACAGUUUUGCAUUUUAAUUGACUCAGAUACAUGUAAAGCUGCAUUAAAGCUUUUAUUUGGAUUUGUAAAUGACUAUGUGAAUUCAGGCAUACUGUUAUAUGAAAACAAAUAUAACCUUUUCUAUGCACUCAAUUUAUGGUGCAACAAUGCACGGCAACUUUACUUUGUGAACCUGGCAAGACAAAUGCAAUGCAACAAACCCCAUAUGAUACACAAAAACGUCUUCUUAGCCAAGCAGAUAGGUUCAAAAAGUGUAGUAAACUAAUGUUUUUCAAGAAAACAAGCAGCCCGUUGACUGUGGUCAUCAUGUCAUAUAGAUUGGUUGUUAUAGCUUAUGAUGAGACCAACGGGGGAAGUGUGGUGACUAAUUUUUAAAGUGGAAUGUGAUUGUGUCAUGUGGUAUUAAGAACUAUUUUCAUAUAAAGUCAUUGUGAAUGUAAGAUGUGCUGAACGAAAACACUACUAAAAGAGAUUUUCUGCUUAGAAUACCUCUCCAGUUGAGUUAUGCAGUAUUAACCGAAAUUAUAGACAUAUUUUUAUAAUGUAACCCCUCCUGACGAAAGAACAUACAGAUAUGCAGUGAUCUUUACUGCAGCAGGGGUAAUAUUGUGCCCUUGAUGGCAUUUACAUGUAUGCAUUUCAAGCAGUAGUAAGUGUUCACUGAGCAUAUUACACCGAUAUAUUUUGUCUUGUGAAAUCAUUUUACGUUAGUUCAGUAUUUUAUUGAAAUUAUCGUUAUUAUAUAAUGUUGCAUGGUGUAAACUCCACAUGAAAUAAUGUCAUGUAGCAUUCAGUCACUGAAACAUGAUGUUAUGCUUAUUAGAAAAAAAAUCACAGCUCAUCACCACAAACUGCGCCAAGUUCAACUCUCUUUCAAGCAUUGUUUUGGUAAGCUGACCUGUGAACCAGAAAAAGUUGCCAAUUUUAAACCCUGUACUGUACAUAUUAAGUCAUCAGCGUGUACAUAAACUCCUUUUUGUAUAAAUGGCAGUGUAUGUAAAAACUGGUUGUGUUACUGUAUGUAGAUCUGUCUGCGGUAUAUCCAACAGCUGCUUUGCCUCCUGCUUCACAUUAGCAAUGUGAGCUUUUGUAUAACGUUAAGCUUACAUGUAGUGUACAAGUACAUGGUAUCAUAGUCAAACAUGAAACCUGUAUGUGCAUUUUUGCAGUCAGUCAUAUUCACAGUGUUAAAUGUGAAAUGGAUGGUAUAUACUAAAUUAAAUAAAAGUAAUGUGACUUGCUAAA